AUGCAGGUCGAGGUCCUCACGCUUCUGGCAUGGGUAUCUAAUAUCGUCGGUCGAGUUCGAACUGCAUAUUGCUACAGUGGCAUUGCUACCAGGCUUGCCUUGAGCCUUGGAAUGCACAGGGCAGCGUCAAGAUAUACUACAUUGACACCAGUUGAACGAGAGACGCGACGGCGGACGUGGUGGGUGCUGUACUUUUUUGAUCGCUUCUCUGCCUCAAAGCUCGGUCACCCCAUCGCCGUGAGGGACGAGGAUAUCGAUGUCGAGAUGCCCAGUAUGGAGGGUUUGACAACAGAAGAGAUGGCAGAGUUCCUUGAUCCCCGAAGUCUCAUUAUCAACAUCAAACUCGGACGGAUCAUUGGGAACAUCUUAACUCAGAUCUACGGGAUACCGAAAGCCACAAACGGCCGUUACAUCCACCAGGUGCAUAGCAUCUUGAAGCAGCUCCGAGCAUGGCAUGAUGAGUUGCCACCCGAUAUGCUCGUCAGAGAGCGAGACACUCCGCGAACCGUCGCAAACCUCGCGCUCGCAUUCAACCAGUGUAUCAUCCAGACCACGCGUCCUGUGCUCCUGCACCUCUUCAAAACACAGGUCCAACUCGGCUCCAGAGUACGGCAGGACGCCUCCUCAAUCAUCCUGGCUCUGGCCGACAGCUGUGUGAAUGCCGCACAGGCCUCGAGCCAUAUAGUCGAAAACCUCUUUCUAGACGGCUCAAUUGCCAUGUUUGGGUACUAUGAUGCCCAGCAUAUCUUCUCCGCGGCGAUGAUUCUCCUCAUGUCAGCGGUGAUGAAGCCAACGGCUGGCAGCUCGGAGCAUCUCGAGACUUUGCUAGGCGCUCUGCGGUGUUUAAGGGAGAAUGGAAAUAUCCCUGCUGUUGACUUUUGCGACAGGCUAUCGCAUAUCCAGACGCGCAUAUCGACCUUGCGAGCUACCGGCCGUUUAGGGGGUGGUACGUUUGAACGACCUUCUACCAGAGCACCGCCUGUAGCUGGUGAGUCGGAAAGUGCAUUCAAUCACACGGCAAACCAAAAUCAGCUUGAAACACCUUCAAGUGUGAAUAAUGAAGCAGAGGACCACGCUGAAAUCCUGGGCAACCCCUUGAUCGGGAGCUUCCUGGACACGAAUAAAGCGGAGUGGAUGGACUAUCUAUUUGCAGACGGGACUCUCGGGGAGUUUAAUACAGAGAUUGAAGAGCAGUUUCUGUUUGGAUCAUGA